CUCCUGUGUCAGUGUUAAAAGGUGUGCCCCUUUCUUUUGUCGAGAAUUUAGUGCAGACAUGUCGCGUCUGGUUCUCCCCAUCUUUUUGGUUCUCUCUCUCACCUUGCUCCACCAGGGAUAUAGCCGUCCAUCUCGUACCAGGAAAGCAGUGCCAGCACAACAGAGAGGUAAAACUCACCACACACACUAAACUAAACGUCAGUGGCUCUACUAUGUUUUUCUGUACAUUUUCUCUCUGACAUGCCUGCCUGCUUGUCUGUGUUUCUAUGGAGAUGCAGAUGCAGAUGAGGAUGAUGUAAAGUCACAGCUGGAGAAGCUGUGGCAGGAGGUGAACUCCCUGAAGGAGAUCUCGGCUCUGCAGACAGGUAUGCUGAGGUGGCUGCUCUGUGCACUCAUACUGAGCUCUGCUUUAUGGCCAGGAACGAUUCAAAGAGGGAAUGCCUCUCAUGGGGGAAACAGUGCAGAUUUAGCAGUUACUGUAUGUUUCUUAUGGGUUAGGCAGGUGUAUACUGUAUGUACCUUUGGUACAUGCACUCUUAGAAAAAAAAGUGCUAUCUGGAACAUAAAAGGGUUAUUCGGCUGUCCCCAUAGGAAAACCCUUUGGAGAACCCUUUUAGGAUCCAGGUAGAACCCUUUUGGUUCCAGGUAGAACCCUUUUGGGUUCCAUGUAGAACCCUUUUCACGGAGUGUUCUACAUGGAACCCAAAAGGGUUCUACCUGGAAUCAAACAGGGUUCUCCUAUGGAGACAGUCGAAGAACCCUGUUGGAACCUUUUUUUCCCUAAUAGUGUGGAAUUUAUGCAGAGAAAUUAUGAUUUUAUAUUUCUUAUGGUAAUUCACACUAACCCCAGACAUCAGGGGUUAGCAUACACUUUGGUGUAUGUAGCUCAGCUGGUAGAGCACGGCGCUUGUAACGCCAAGGUAGUGGGUUCGAUCCCCGGGACCACCCAUACACCAAAAAAAUGUAUGCACGCAUGACUGUAAGUCGCUUUGGAUAAAAGCGUCUGCUAAAUGGCAUAUUAUUAUUAUUAUUACUUUCAUUUGCCAUUUACUAAUAUGCUCAGUCACCAGUAGAGGGCAGGAGUACUCUUACCUAAAACCUCAUGCCUUGCAGCAGCAAUAAUGAUGUUGAGAGAGCACUGAGUCAUGUGCUGGGGAAGAUAACGCAAAUGAAUGUCUUCAUAAAUGCCUUGGAGUGCAUUGUGUAAUGUAUGAUGAUGGAUAUAAAAGUAUUAUGAUGAGACAGGUUCUUUAUACAGGGAGGGUGGAAGAACAUAGUGUUACAGUCUCAUACAGUAUGCCUCUGUCUGGGUUCCCUCCCACUGAAAGGGCUUAUGUCUUAUUUUGGGAACUUGGUUUAGGAAACAUGGAUAGAGAUGAAAAUCUUUGCUUGGUCCUACUAGUCCUCAUUAUGUCUGAUUGAAAUUCUAUAGAUUAUAAAAUAUCAGUGAGACAGUGGUCCUCUGUAGCUCAGCUGGUAGAGCACGGCGCUUGUAACGCCAAGGUAGUGUGUUCGAUCCCCGGGACCACCCAUACACAAAAAAUUAUGCACACAUGACUGUAAGUUGCUUUGGAUAAAAGCGUCUGCUAAAUGGCAUAUUAUAAUAUACACCAAUAUGUCAUGGAAAUACUUAUUUUGUAUAUAUUGCAAAUUCUUCAGUAAUAUUUGAGCAUGGUAGGAAGGGAAUUUGCCUGAGGAAGUUUGAAGGAGAUAAAUGCACUAAACUGCUUCCCUAUGCUUCCAGUUUGUCUCCGUGGCAUCAAAGCUCACAGGAAGUGUUACCUGACCAUCGAGGAACCCAAGCACUACCAUGAGGCCAACGAACACUGCAUCGCAUGGGGUGGAACCCUUGCCACUCCACGUGACCUCAAUGAAAACAAUGACCUGAGGGACUAUGCCAAGAGGAGUGCGCCAGGUACCAAGGAGUUCUGGAUCGGUGUGACAGACAUUGUGAAGGAGGGCCAGUACGUAGACGUCAACAGCAUGCCCAUCAGCUACUUCAACUGGGACAAGACCAAGAAGCAGCCAACAGGGACCAAGAGGGAGAGCUGUGUUGUGCUCUCACUGGCUGCACAGGGAAAGUGGCAUGAUGAGGUCUGCCUUGGCAAGAAAAAGUACAUUUGUGAAUACCCCAUUCCCUAACUUGUGUACCACCAUGCAAACCAGAUGGUUGUUGACAACCUGAUGAUCAUUUAUGCUGGUCAUUAAAAAAUACAUAUGAAAUGGUA